CUCCCCGGCACUUCAGAUUCUCCCAUUGGUGCGUUGGCUAGCGAUUUUCCGCGCUUCCCCUCCCUCUGAAAAGAACAAUCUCAGGCCGUCUGCCUUUUCAGAUCGAUUACGGGAACUGAGAAAAAGCGAGAGUCGAGAAGUUCGAGUGAGAGAGAACCUUUUUCGCUGUACUGCGACGCUCUGUGUUUGAGGAGGGGAAGAACGAUAUGAAGAGGUUCUUGAGCUUGAAGGACUUCGACUUAAAUCACAAGCAUGAGUCAGAGGAGGCACGGCGGAGAUGGAGGGCAGCUGUUACUAUUGUCAGAAAUCGUAGCCGGCGGUUCCGGUUUAUCCCCGAUCUUGACAAGCGAAAGGAGACGGAAAACAAAACGCUCAAAAUCCAGGAACAAAUACGAAUUGCGCUUUAUGUUCACAAAGCAGCUCUGUAUUUUAUUGAUGCUGCUCGUUCUGUUGAAUACAACCUCUCAGAUGAGAUCAGAAAAGAAAAUUUUGGAAUUCACCCUGAGGAGCUUGCAUCUAUUGUUCGUGUCCAUGAUAUUAAACGCCUAAGAAAUAAAGGUGGAGUUGAAGGGAUUGCAAGGAAAGUCUCUGUUUCCCUUGAUGAAGGUGUUCUCUCAACCAGCUUAGCUACAAGGCAAAAGAUCUAUGGUUUAAACCGUUUCACAGAGAAACCUCCAAAAAGCUUUUGGAUGUUUGUGUGGGAAGCGCUGCAAGACAUAACACUCAUUAUCCUUAUGUUUUGUGCUGCACUGUCUAUAGGUGUAGGAAUUGCAACUGAAGGGUGGCCAAAGGGUAUGUAUGAUGGACUUGGAAUUAUACUUACUAUAUUCUUGGUCGUCAUGGUCGCUGCUAUUAGUGACUACAGGCAGUCCUUGCAAUUUAGGGAUCUUGACAAGGAGAAGAAAAUGAUUAUUGUUCAAGUUACCAGAGAUGGAAGUAGAAAAAAGAUUCCCAUCUAUGAUUUGGUUGUUGGGGACGUUGUUCAUUUAGCUAUUGGGGACCAAGUGCCAGCUGAUGGAGUUUUUAUAUCGGGAUACAGCUUGCUGAUUGAUGAGUCAAGUUUGACAGGCGAAGUUGACCCUGUAAGUAUAAAUGAAGAACAUCCUUUUCUUUCCUCAGGAGCCAAAGUUAGAGAUGGGUUAGGAAAGAUGCUGGUAACGGCAGUUGGUAUGAGGACUGAAUGGGGAAAGUUGAUGGAAACUUUGAGCGAGGAUGGACAAGAUGAGACCCCACUUCAGGUGAAGUUGAAUGGUGUGGCAACACUUAUUGGUAAGAUUGGUUUGACUGUUGGAGUGCUUACAUUUGUGGUGUUGACAGGGAGGUUUCUCGUGGAAAAAGCACUCAGGAAUGAGUUCACAGAUUGGUCUUCAAGUGAUGCAUUGAUACUUGUGGACUACUUUGCCACUGCAGUAACUAUAAUAGUUGUCGCUGUUCCUGAAGGAUUGCCGCUGGCAGUGACACUGAGCCUUGCCUUUGCUAUGAAGAAAUUAAUGAAUGAUAAAGCACUAGUAAGGCACCUCUCAGCUUGUGAGACAAUGGGUUCUGCCACUUGCAUCUGCACUGAUAAGACAGGGACAUUGACCACAAACCACAUGGUGGUUGAUAGGAUAUGGAUAUGUGAUACCAUUCAAGAAAUCAGUGGUACUGGCAAAAGCAAUUAUACACUGGAAAUAUCUGAGAGAGUUUUAAGCACCCUUUUGCAAGCUAUAUUUCAAAAUACUAGUGGUGAAGUGGUCAAGGAUAAAGACGGAAAGAGCUCUGUUGUGGGAACUCCAACAGAAUCAGCACUAUUAGAAUUUGGCUUGCUAUUGGGUGGCGAUCAUGAUGCCCAACAAAGACAGUUGAAGAUACUCAAGGUUGAGCCUUUCAAUUCAGACAGGAAGAAAAUGUCUGUACUUGUGGCUCUUCCUGAAAGUGGUGCACGGGCUUUUUGUAAAGGUGCACCAGAAAUGGUAGUAAGGAUGUGUGACAAUAUUGUUGACUAUAAAGGAGAACCGACAGUUCUAACUGAAAAGCUAAUAGAGAAAACCAUGAAAAUCAUUGAUGACUUUGCCUCUGCAGCCCUGAGAACGCUUUGUUUGGCUUAUAAAAAUGUAGAUAGCAAUGGUUCUGCCCACAGCAUCCCUGAUAGUGGCUACACCUUAAUAGCUGUAGUUGGAAUCAAAGAUCCAGUGCGCCCUGGAGUUAAGGAAGCAGUGCGAACUUGUUUAGCUGCGGGAAUCACUGUUCGUAUGGUUACUGGUGACAAUAUAAAUACAGCAAAGGCUAUAGCUAAAGAAUGUGGCAUACUUACACAUAAUGACAAUGCCAUUGAAGGACCAGAAUUUCGUAGCAAGUCUCCUGAUGAGAUGAAGGAAAUUAUACCAAAAAUUCAGGUAAUGGCACGGUCUUUGCCUUCAGACAAGCUCGCCUUGGUAACCCAUUUAAAAAAUAUGUUUGCAGAAGUUGUUGCAGUGACUGGUGAUGGUACCAAUGAUGCUCCUGCUUUGCACCGGUCAGACAUUGGACUUGCCAUGGGAAUAUCUGGAACGGAGGUCGCUAAGGAAAAUGCAGAUGUCAUCAUUAUGGAUGAUAAUUUUUCAACUAUAGUAAAUUUGGCAAAGUGGGGACGUGCAGUUUAUAUAAACAUACAAAAGUUCGUGCAGUUCCAGUUGACUGUCAACGUCGUUGCUCUGGUGAUUGACUUUGUUUCCGCAUGCAUCACAGGAUCUGCCCCCCUCACUGCUGUGCAGCUGCUUUGGGUCAACAUGAUCAUGGACACUCUUGGCGCAUUGGCACUGGCUACAGAACCUCCCAAUGAUGAGUUGAUGAAGAGGCCCCCAGUUGCUAAGGGCGCCAGUUUUAUUACCAAAGCAAUGUGGAGAAACAUCAUCGGUCAGAGUAUUUACCAAUUGAUUGUCCUUCUAUUACUAGAUUUCGAUGGGAAGAGACUCUUAGGGCUGACUGGUUCGGAUGCUACUGAAGUUCUGGAUACCGUGAUAUUUAACUCAUUUGUGUUUUGCCAGGUGUUCAAUGAAAUCAACAGCCGCGAUAUCGAGAAGAUCAACGUGUUCAAAGGCAUGUUUGAUAGCUGGAUAUUCCUAGUUGUGAUAAUUUCAACAGUGGUCUUCCAAGCAAUCAUAGUUGAGUUCCUUGGAAAUUUUGCCACCACUGUACCGCUCAGUUGGCAGCUAUGGCUCCUCAGCGUAGCAAUCGGAUCAGUUAGCCUGGUUGUUGGCAUCAUUCUCAAAUGCAUCCCUGUUGAAAGCACACCCAAGCCAAGCCACCAUGAUGGCUAUGAACCUCUUCCUGGUGGUCCAGAUGCGGCCUGAAAAUUGAUUUCCGAAGAAUUUGAAGUGCAAUUGACAGGUGUUGCAACUUUGUCCUUCUCAUUUAUUAAAAAAAUAUUAUAUAGUUCAAAUUACCUAACUUAAAUCAUUAAAUAAGAUCCAAAUGCUAAUAUUAGAAAGUAUUCCCAUCUAUUGUUUUGUGUUUUGUAAUAUGCUAUAAGGGAUACUUUCUAUUAAGUCACAAUUGAUAAUUAUCUAAAAAAGAAAAGAUCUUAGGAGUAUUGUUUUUUUUUUUUCUUUUUGUCUUUUAUGCGUCUAACUUAGAUUAGAUCCAAGGUGAUAUUUUGGAUUGGUAAUUGUACUUUUGAAACACCAAUAAUACCAAAUGGUAUAGGAUGCUUCUGAUGUGUGUUGGUUACUCUUAGCAUCAAUGCAAUCAAAUCAAUUUCAUCCU